CCCAGCCCUGUUCAUUCCUCCACACCCUCUGUGGACCUGACCGUGCCAGCCCCUCCCCAUCCUUUACAAAUACUCCUGAGGACAGAUAGCGCCUUAGAUUGCCUAUUGUCCCCUGUUCUGCACUCCCAGGUGUUCCUUUCGUCAUUCCCUGUGCCUGCUCCAAAAACAUGGAGCCACGCCCACAGGGGCACUGCCAUGGCCAUGGGCACCCCCCUGGCCCUGGGCACAGCCAUGGAGGCGGGCACCCCCCUGGCCCUGGGCACUGCCAUGGCCCUGGGCACUCCCCUGGCCCUGGGCACUGCCAUGGCCAUGGGCACCCCCCUGGCCCUGGGCACUGCCAUGGCCAUGGGCACCCCCCUGGCCCUGGGCACCCCCACCCUCCAUGUCCCCACCCUGGAUCAGGGCACUGUCCUGGAAGGGGCCACCCACCUGGGCCCCCUGGGCACCCCCCUGGCCCACAUCACUGAGGAAGCAGAAGAAACAGGACCCAAGAAUGGGGAGUGUGAUCUAGCAUGGGGCCUGAACCAGAAUCUUCUGUUCCUAAUAAACAGCCUCCUAGAGGCCAUAUUCUACUCUUAAAA